AUGAACGUUGUUGGGAAGACAAAGUUGCGUAGCAAAACCGGCUGUCUCACAUGCCGGCGGCGCCGGAAGAAGUGUGACGAAAAGCUGCCUAUAUGCGUGAAUUGUAUAUCCUCUCACCGUCAUUGCCAGUGGCCAACAUUUGCAGAUCUCUAUGAUCGCAGAUACGCAUCUCAUUCAGAAUCGCGUUAUCGAGAUAAUCUAUCCAAACCUCAAGAAUCUUCAUCGGACCACGAUGGCCUGCAUGAAGAAUGCCGUUCUUGUCGCUCUUCUCAUGGCCAACAUAACCCAUUCUUAUUAGAUGCCGGGGUUUCCAGCUCUGCGGUUGCUCAACGAGUGCUCUCGCAAGAAUUGGACUGUCAUAUCUCUCGCCACUUUGUGAAGAAAUUCUACUCUCUUCUAUUAUUGCCUUACUGCCACACUCAAUAUCACGAUGGCUGGCUGUCCGAGUUAAGACAGGCAAUGGAUACUCACAAAAGCCUCUACUAUUCUAUUCUGGCCUGCGCUGCAUCUCAUAUGUCGAUAAUUGAUGCCUCUUCUAAUAUGAAAUACAUCGCGCUGGCUUAUUACACGAAUUCUGUCCGAGAGCUUGCAAGCCUUCUUUCCACCAUCUCGCAAGAUGUUAAAAAUGACGGGCUACUAAUGACCAUCAUGAUGCUAUCUCUUCAUGGAUUGGCGAGCUGGGACACUAAUCGUGAUGUUCCGCAACAUAUCCAGGCAGGAAUUCGGCUUCUGACACUUCAUGUGUUAAACAAGCCUAUGGGAGUUUCUCGACUCUUUGAUAGGUCAUCGCUUGAGAGCGUCAUGUACGCAGUAUUCAUUCACACGGCCGGUCUUUGGUCAGAUUCGACUAGCUCUGAGUUCAUAUUCGAUAACGUCUUUUGGUGUCGAGCGGAACAAGUUUUGGGGCAGACCAGUUUCUUCCCGGAAAAAUCAGGGAGCUCAGACAGCCCCGUCCUCGGUGUUCCUGUUUCUCUCUUUCGGAUUGCUUUGUCCCUCCGGGAUGUUUUUCGUACAGGGAUACUACCCGAAAUCUCGGAGCUUGAAGGCUUACAAAACGACGUAGCCGAUUGGGAAGGACUGCUGCUUGAAGACCAAAAUCUUCUGAGUUAUCUUCCGGGCGACCCACAAGGACGUGACUUCCAGGAACAUUAUCAUCAGACUGCGGUUCACCUCUUUACCCUAAUCACGUCGCUGCUACUUGGUCAAGUUCUUCGGAGAAGUGUAUUGGCUGGACUCCCACAGACCAUUCCACGGGAGAGUUGGCAGAUGAAACUAGCAAUUCAGAUUCUCGAGAAGUACGCAAACGACAGAGUAUGGGCUAAAUGCUUCAUCGUGCAGUGGCCGAUAUACACGCUAGGAGUGCUGAUGGACUUGCCCGAAGACCGGCAGCUCAUCCGCAAGCAGCUCCAGCAAACUUGUGAUGUCACCAGCUUUGCACAAGUUGCGCGGUAUGGCUACGAUUUGGAGACCAUCUGGACAACUCGAGAAGAGGCGGCACUUAUGAAUAUAGAGCAAGAGGCAGAUGGGGGCUUGGAUGUAUUAUUUUAA